AUCCUACUGAAACCCGAGAGGAGAGAGAGUGCAUUGCAUCACUACCCACUCCUCGCAGCAUUGGUCGCCAUCCAUCCCCUCUCCUCUUUCCAGUACCAAAACAGAUGGUGGAAAAAUCAUCACAUCUGCCGGGACACACGACAACAAUAGACAGCAUCUAGCCCAAGAGAACCGGGGCGUCCAUCAUGUUUGCUGUCCAGAGCUCCAUGAGGGUGUGAGCGCCGUCGGGAUUUUUGACACGGGGUACCAUCACGGCAGCCGAGGAUUCUUCUCGCGACUGUCUGGGCUCUCCAUCGAGUGGGGAAGAUGGCCGCCAUGAAAAUUUUAACCAGCAGUGGGCUGUUCUUAGCGUUCUGUGCGUUGGGGUUGCUAGCCAUGGCAAUCUGCACCGACUUUUGGUAUGAGACAGAUGCGCGAAGACACCGAGAAAGGUGUAAAAACUACGCCAACAAGAGAAACGACCCGGGGUACAUCUAUAUCUCAAAUAGCAAUCUCCCUCUCCAGAUGCCCCCAAAGGGCAUUGAAAGGAAAGGUAACAGUCCAAGUGCCGGAGCUCAGCCUCUUAUUAGGGAAAAACGGCACUUUCUGGCCGCAGCGUCAGCUAUGGAGUCCCACUGCAGUCGCCAGUUCAAUUCAACCAUCUCUGGGCUCUGGAGAAAGUGUCAUCGAGAUGGAUUUGACCUGGAGACAGAGGAUCUCAUAUAUAAAGGAUUGAUUCAGCGGUGCAUCCCAGUCAAGUAUCACUACUCUUCCUCCAUCCUUCCGCGAAAUUUACCCAUCAACAUCACCAAGACCAUCCGUCAGGAUGAGUGGCAUGCACUCCAUCUACGCAGGAUGACGGCUGGCUUUGUGGGCAUGGCCGUGUCCAUCAUCCUGUUUGGCUGGAUUAUCGGAGUGCUGGGCUGCUGUCAGCAGCAUGACCUCAUGCAGUAUGUAGCUGGACUACUCUUUCUCAUGGGAGGAACGUGCUGUAUCAUCUCCCUGUGUACAUGUGUGGCGGGCAUCAACUUUGAGCUGUCGCGUUACCCACGCUACAUGUAUGGCCUCCCAGAGGAUAUUAGCCAUGGCUACGGCUGGUCCAUGUUCUGUGCCUGGGGGGGCUUAGGCCUCACUCUGCUGGCUGGUUUCCUGUGCACCCUGGCCCCAUCCCUAAGCACCCCCUCCCGUACAACCGUCCACAAGCCCAGACAGGAGAACGGAACCGUGUGAUGGGACUGUGUGACUGGCCCACAAAGCGCACAAAUAAGCAACACCCAUCCAACUUCGUCCAAUGUUUUUGUCCAACCACCAUCUCACCUCAUCACCUUCCCUGUCCAUACCACCUCUGUCAUCCAUCUGAAUCAUGAGUGUACCAGAGAAAUUGUACAUGGGAGAACAGAGCAAAGUCAUACCAAACUGUACUAUUUACUGUACAUCUAAGACACACAGACAUGGCAAGACCUUUUUGUUGUUAAACGUUUGACUACUGACUCUAUGGCAGCCUAGAGGAAUUGUCUUAAAAUGGUGCUCUCUUUUAACACACACAACACAGAACACAGUCCAAAAGCUUAGAAAGAAACAACAAGCAUCUCUAAAUGGAACAAUCCAACAAACAAGAAAACGUGGCAGAGCAUCCUGUCAUCAUUCCUCUUUUAGUCGGUUGGUCUCUACUGUGUUUGUUAUUGUUCGCAACAAAAUAUUAUGCUGGCAUAAACUGUCCGUUGUUUUGAAUCAGCUGACUGAUGUCAAGCAUUAUCCCUAGGAAGGACUUUACAGUUUAAGCCUAAAACCUGCUUCUUGCAGCAGAGGACCAAGAGCACAACAUGGAAAUGGCAGGGGUGGAACAGCAAGAUAAAAUGCAGAACUGCGCUUUUGAAGAGCAAAUCUUUCAGCGCUUCUAUGAUUCAGUAUGUACAAAUGCAUCUCUAUGUAGAUUCAGGUCAUUGUUUGUAUAAAGUAACUCUUGAAUAAGAUUUUUUUUCCUGUUUGUUUUCGAGGUAACAAUGACAAUUUGGGUCUUCAGUGGUGUUGUUUGCUGGAAUAAAUUGUAUGCUUCAUGAUUAGAAGAAUAAGAGUGAUUGCAAGGCACAUUAAGUACUGUUUGAGAGUAGCAGAGGCAGUUAAAGGUCCAGUGCAGUCAAACAUGUGAUUUGUCUGUGUUUUAUAUAUAUUUCCACACUAUGCAGUUGGAAUAAUACUGUGAAAUGCUGAUAAUGCCAUUUUAGUCUAAGAGCUGUUUGAUCAGUUUUCCCCUCCCCACUCAGACCAUUCCCAGACAGUCCUAGCAAAAUUCUUGAUUGAGAAAUUGCUCUUUGCUAAGAAGCUAUUUUAAUUGAAUACAAUCACAGUGAGCUACUUAAUUAUUACCCAGAAAUGAUUUGAUAUUGAAAUAAAAAACGUCUGCAUUGGACCUUUAAGGAUCAGUAAAUAUUGUAUGUUGAAGGAUGGGGUUCAAUGAAAAAAAAUGUAACCUUCUAAUAACACAUUCAAACUUAGAAACAAUGACAGUGUCACGACUCCCGCCGAAGUUGGCUCCCCUGCCUGUUCGGGCAGUGCUCGGCGGUCGUCGUCACUGUCCUACUAGCCACUACCGAUCCCUUUUUCGUUUGUCUGUUGGUUUUGUCUUAUUAGUUUCACCUGUGUGUAUUUUAGUUUAAUUAGAGUCCUUAUAUAUAUAAGCCUGAUGGAAUUACAGGUAAGAUGGAAUUGAUGUAUUUUGUGAGUACAGGGUACUCAAGUAACACUGCUUAUAUAUAAGGAUGCUAAUUAAACUAAAAUACACACAGGUGAAACUUAUAAGACAGUAAAAUCGUGACGACCGCAGAGCAGAGCACCGCCCGAACAGGCAGGGGAGCCAACUUCGGCGGAAAACGUGACAGACAGACAGUAAUUUACAGUUAUAAGUGACAAUACCUGCCGUCUUGGAUUUGGCAGGAAUUGAACUGCAGACACCAGUGUUGGACUUGCAUUUAAUGUAUUCUUGCACAAAAACCUUCACAUAGCACAACACAUUGUUUGUAGCAAGUAUCAAUGCAUUAAGUGAUUUGGUUUGUGUGAACUGCUGCAAAAUGCAGGUAUUUGCACAGCAUAGAUUCCCAAAGCUUCUGUUAAAGUUUAUCAUUGAAUACAUGUCUUAUUCAACGCAACAUUUCUGUUAAUAUUCUUCUGUAAGUGAAAAUGGGUAAUGUUGAGAUUUACAUUGAGAGAGCAGUAGGGCUGUGAAAAGUCAUACUUAAUAUCAUGUUUACAUCAGUAACACCACUGGUAUGUUGUUUUUUCCUGUCUACCAAUCCUUCUCUCCUCACGUUUGAGGCAGGAGUGCCUGCUCUUGCACAUAGCUGUUCUCUGUAUGCUUCCUCAGUAGGGGGAAACUAGGAAUCAGCUCAGGUCUCUUGGAGACAAGACCAAUAAUGUGGCAUCUUGUAAGCAGACAACAUGAUGUCCUGUUAAAGCAUCAUCUGCAUCACUUCAGUGUGGAUCCCUAUUGAGUCGACCACUUUCCUGAAUGAAUUGAGGGAGCUCACCAUUUCUUAAUUUCAGUGCCACUUUUGCCCCAGGCAACAGGCAGUCUUACUGGCCCUUUGCAGAGUCCCGUUUGCAAUUCGUAGAGACAAGGAGAGGUCAAAAGGCCCUCAUUUGGGUAACAUUUGAUUAAUAUACUCUGUAAGUGCACAGUUCUCGCAAGACUUGAGAGGUGGAAUAAUUAUACAAGCACAAUUGUGUAUUACAUAAAGGUUCUGCGAGGAAACUCAGGCCAUGUUGGGAGUUUGUUUGUGGCAGGUCUGGGUUCAGGCAGGCUUCGGAGGCUAGCACUGCACAUGAAUUAAGAUGGAAUUACAGGUAAGAUGGAAUUGAUGUAUUUUGUGAGUACAGGGUACUCAAGUAACACUGUUUUGUUACCUAUAUGUAAAAAGGCAGUCAUUGUGACACUUUUCCAGCAGUGUUAUGAGGUGAGGUGAUGAGCUAUAACCUUUCCAGUGAAUUAGUGUUUGACUGUAGAUAAAAACAUUGCCUCAAAGUGACUACAAAGUGAAACAUCCCAACAUUGUUACUACAUGUAGCACCACCUCAGACUUGUAAAAGAGUUGUGGAUAUUGGUGGUGUUCUGCUGCCAUUCUGAGCUCAUCCACAGUCUUCUCCUCCAGUUUAUAUCAACACACACGUACAGGUUUUGUCCCUUAGAUCUCUAAAUUGGCCAAUGGUAUUGAAUGCAUGGAUAAUUGCUACAAUAAACGCUACAAUACAUUUAUUGCAAUUGUGUUGUUUGAAUAAUGAUAAAGGUUCUGUUGCUAAACCGGUUGAUAGAGAAAUAUCUGGGUAGCGUGCCAAGAAUGCUGAAAAAGUAGUAAAAUGGCCACAUAAAAAAGAAUGAGAGAAGGGGUAAGCACAAUAUACAACUUGUAUGCAAAAGUGACAGCAAAAUAGUUCUCUUAGUGGGACUUCUCGUGUUUCAUGAGGAACUGGAAAGUGUUCAGUGUGAGCAAUGUGGGACACUGUGUACAAAUGCCACAAUUUCAAGUGGCACCUCUUUAAGUAGCACUGCUAUGAUUUUCUACACGUCAUUUAUACUGGUUCAAUCCACGAGGAUGGAGAAAGACGAUUAAAAGACAUUAUAGUCUCGCAUGAGAUCAUUAUGGUUCAUUUCUUUUAAUGUAUUCAAACUUGUCCAUUUUUUAAUCUAAUUUAUUUUACUGAAAUAAAAUGUAAUUAACAUACUA